GCCAGGCGAACGAGUAAAAAGAUAAAGGUAUAAAAAGAUCGCAAAGUAAGAGCGGACGCUAUCACGGAAGUAAGACAAAAGAGCACAUCACUUUAUUAAACCCUCUCGUCAUGUCACCUUCACUUGUUAACACAAAGACCACAUACAGCAUCGCGUCCAUUCCGGCGGACGGGAUUGGCCCCGAGGUCAUAGAUGCUGGCAUUGAAGUUCUAAAUACUCUCACUCAAACUCUGGGUACCUUUGACCUUCACUUCAAGCACUACGACUGGAGCUCCGAGACCUACAAGAAAACCGGAAAAUACAUACCGGAUGGCGGUCUCGAACAGCUCAAAAAGCACGACGCGAUUCUGUUUGGCGCGGUGGGAGCACCAGAUGUGCCGGAUCACAUCUCACUGUGGGGCCUCCGCCUCGCUAUCUGUCAGCCGUUGCAACAAUAUGCCAAUGUUCGACCGACCAAGGUGUUCCGUGGUACGCAAUCGCCUUUGCGAAACUGCAAGAUCGGCGACCUGGAUUGGGUGAUCAUCCGCGAAAACUCUGAAGGCGAGUAUGCUGGACAAGGGGGCCGUUCACAUCUUGGCAAGCCGUGGGAGACAUCGACUGAGGUUUCCAUUUUCACCCGGCACGCUGUAGAACGGAUUAUGCAAUUUGCAUUCGAGACGGCCAAAUCCCGUCCUCGAAAACACAUUACCGUCGUGACGAAGAGUAACGCUCAACGUAAUGGGAUGGUUAUGUGGGAUGAGAUUGCAAGGGAGACCGCAAAGGCGUUUCCUGAGGUGACAAUGGAGUUUAUGCUUGUGGAUGCGAUGACUUGCCGCAUGGUUCUGAAGCCGGAGAGCCUUGAUACUAUCGUCGCCACAAAUCUGCACGCCGAUAUCUUGUCAGAUCUUGCUGCGGCGCUCGCAGGCUCAAUCGGCAUCGCGCCAACGUCCAACCUAGACCCCACCCGCGAAAAUCCCUCGAUGUUUGAGCCAAUUCAUGGCAGUGCUUUUGAUAUUACGGGAAAAGGUUUAGCCAACCCCGUAGCCACCUUCUGGACUGCAGCAGAAAUGCUAGCUUGGUUGGGCGAAGAUGCCGCCAGCAAAUUCCUCAUGGAAUGUGUUGAGAAUGUUUGCGAGAAGGGCAUCGUUACAGCAGACCUUGGUGGUUCAGCAAAGACCGCUGAAGUAACUAAAGCUGUUUGCGAUGAGAUCAAGGCUCGAGGCCAGUCAAAUAAAUCCGCCUGAAUUGAUGUAUUCUUUCAACGGCAAGGGUAUUUUGCGCAGAAACUGGGGAGUUUGUCGUGUCGGGCAACACAUACCAAAAACGAAGAGAACGGUUCUUCUUGGCUGUAUUAGACAUGAAAGAAAGUAUGUGCGAAUCUCAGAAGGGCCAUAAUGGAAGAGAUCUUUAAACUUAGACGUUUCGUGCCGGCCAGGACAUUCUUUGGA